AUGGAUCCAUUUUGGAUACUUCUCUACAUGGCUAGUCUUACAGUUCUUCUUUUAUGGCUAUUUUAUCAGAAAGUUGAUCGCUAUCCAAAAGGACCACGUCCUUAUCCAUUCGUCGGAAAUCUUCUUUCGCUGAAUUUUCGCAAAUUGCACGAAAACUUCAAAAGAUAUUCCGAGGAAUUCGGUGGUAUAUUCACUAUUUGGCUGCCAAAACCCUAUGCUGUUAUUACUGACUAUAAACUUCUUAAGGACGCCUUCAUCAAAGAUGGUAAGAUUUUUAGAAAUUGC